AUGGCGGAUCCACCCGAGAGGGCCGGCUCCAGCCACGAGUCUGCGAACGCAGAGAUGGAUGGGGCACCUGAAGCUGGAGACGUGAAGGUGGCUCUCGCGGCGGGAGCGGACGUUGUGCCGCCCAGUGAGGCGGAGUCGGCGCAGGGCGAGCCACACAGCGAGGCUGCGCCGCCACAAGACAAAGGCAAGCAACGUGCUGCGGCGGACGAGCGGGCGGACCGCGAGGCAGAGCGCCCCGACGUGCCGAGCGGAGAGCGGCGCCCGCAGCUGCCAGCCGAGAAGCCGUUCGACUUUAACCGGUUCCUCGAGCAGAUGAAGCACCGCAGUGCGCUCCCCGUGAACGAGUACGUGCGCAGCUUCUUCCGUGGCUUUACGCGCCGGCCGUACAAGCCCGAUGAGCAGGUGAAGCUUAUCUUUGAUUUCCUCGACUUUAUCGCGGCGCGCAUGGCGGAGGCGGCCGUGUGGGCCGAGCUGCCGCCCGGUGAGUUUGACCAGGCCACCGAGGCGAUGGAAAAGCUCGUGAUGAACCGGCUGUAUACCUUUACCUUCUCGCCUGCCAUUGCCGCCGAGGGGCACUGGCCGGUCCAGAGCGACGACCUGGAGCGGGAUCGCAUGCUGACGGAGCGCAUUCGGCUGUUUGCGUGGGUCCGCGAGGAGCACCUGGAUGUGCCCCGCGGCGCGCACUCGGAGCGCUUCUACAGGUUUGCCGCGCAGGAGCUCAACAAAAUCAACCACUACAAGGCGCCACGCGACAAGACCAUCUGCCUGCUGAACUGCUGCAAGGUGAUCUUUGGGCUCAUCCGGCACCUGGAUACAGAGGAAAGUGCGGACGCCUUUAUGCCGCUGCUGAUCCUGGUUGUGCUGCGGGCCAACCCCGCGAACCUCGUAUCGAACAUGGAGUUUAUCGCGCGCUUCCGCACGCCCCAGCGGCGCACGAGUGAGAGUGAGUACUACCUAUCGAGUCUCGCGGGCGCCGUGGCGUUCAUCGAGCGUAUGGAUCAUACGACGCUCUCGCACGUCACGCAGGAAGAGCUCGAGCAGCGCGUGCAGCAGGCAGCGAGGCAGCUGGAAGACGAGGCUGUGCCGCCCCCCGAUGGCCGCGCGCCCCUCUCGCUCAGUGCCUCGAUGGCCGCUGCGUCGCUCGCGGACGAUACACGCGCCUUCUUCCAGCGCACCGGCGAGGCAGCACGUAUGGGCUUCUCGCGCCUCUUUACGGAGCGCCCCGACCAGGUGGCGGCACUGCCCCCUGCGGAGCUGCAGCCGAUGCCGCCCGUCACGCCAGCCGCCCCGCCGGCCCGGCCGCCGACACUGGGCAUCGCGCCGCAUGCGCCGCGGCGCACGGCGUUCUCGAGCCCGUCGUCAGACCGUGCAGUGCCGUCCCCGGGGACCGGCGCACCUGCCUCGCCGUCGCACGACGUUGCAGCGGCGCGGCGUGCCCAACAAGAGGACGACUCCCGCCACGCAGACGCUGCAGUCCAUUUUCCCGCAGGCCGACGCCGCGGUGCUGCAGAUGGUCCUGGAGGAGUGCCACCUGGAUGUCGAGCAGGCCAUUGA